CACACACAAGAACAAGAACACAUCUAUUAGUAAAAAUAUUUUAUGAGCUUAGAAGUAGUCAUGACCAUCAAAAUUUAACUUUUCAUUGGUUAUUGAUCUUAUUGUUCUUAGAUUGUUUAAUUUUAUGCAUGUUAUUAAUCCUUUAGUAGUUCUGAGUCUUUAAGAUUAUUCAUAUGUUGUUCUUCAAUUAGUAUUCAUUUUCUUUAAUGAAUAUUGUUUUAUUUUGCUAAAGCAUAUAUAUAUAUAUAUAUGUUUCUUAUUCUUAGGGAUUACAAGGGAGAUCAUUUGGAGGAGUGGUGGGGGUAGACCGUUGCCUUUGUAAGAAUAAUAUAUAGGUCGGAAGUUCUUCUUAUGGCUUCUGCCCCGUCACCGGACUCCUCACCUUCUCCUCCUCCUCCUCCUUCAUCAUCAGCAAAUUCGCCAUCUCCAUCAUCUUCACCUUCCCCACCUCCUCCACUAUCCUCACCACCACCACCACCAAAUAAGAAGUCAUCUCCACCCCCACCUUCAAAUAAAGCGCCACCCCCGCCAAAUAACUCAAAUGCUUCACCACCACCACCUCCUUCCUCUUCUAAGACAAAUACACCACCACCUCCUUCCUCUUCUAACACAAAUACACCACCACCGCCGCCAAAUAACAGUGACAAUAAUGAUAAAUUUUCACCCCCACCCUCGCCUCCAUCAUCAUCCAAAUCCAGUCGUCCACCACUACCACCACCAUUAGCGUCCGGAUCAACUGAUAAAUCCUCUAGUACCAUUGUACCCAUUGUAAUUGGAGUUGUGGUCGGGGUGGCAGCCAUGCUUCUACUUGCAUCACUUGUUUACCUGUGUACAAGCAAAAAGAAAAAGAAGAAGAGAAUAGAGUAUGAUUACUACAGUAGCGACCCAUCUCCUGCACUCAAUGGUGGUAAUAGUUAUUAUCCAACUACUCAACGGCCAACUAAUAAUUGGCAGAUGGGAAACCAAUAUAACAAUGAUCAAAUGGGCAACUUACCUCCACCUCCUGGUGCUCAUGGGUGGCCAUCACCAUCACCACCACCUCCACCAGCACAAUCACCAGGUCCGCAACAACCUCUCCCUGGUACAAAUGCAUCAACUGGUAGUGACAAGAGCUCAAAUUUCUCAGGUCCACAUGGUCCAGCCUUGCCUCCUCCGCACCCAUUGGUGGCUCUGGGGUUCACUCACAGCUGUUUCAGCUACGAGGAGCUAGCAGCAGCGACUGACGGUUUCUCUAAAGCUAACCUACUAGGCCAAGGCGGGUUCGGGUACGUGCAUAAAGGAGUUUUGGCUAAUGGUAAAGAAAUUGCAGUGAAAAGUCUUAAAGUUGGCAGCGGACAAGGAGAUCGUGAAUUUCAAGCCGAAGUGGAGAUUAUUAGCCGUGUCCACCAUCGCCAUCUUGUGUCGCUUGUUGGAUAUUGUAUGGCAGGUGGCCAACGGUUGCUGGUUUAUGAGUUUUUACCCAAUUCCACCCUUGAACAUCACCUCUAUGGUAAGGGUCAGCCUACCAUGGAUUGGUCCACUAGGCUCAAAAUUGCCCUAGGAUCAGCCAAAGGACUUGCUUACUUGCAUGAAGAUUGUCAUCCUCGCAUUAUCCAUCGAGACAUUAAAGCUGCAAAUAUUUUGCUUGAUUUCAAUUUUGAAGCGAAGGUGGCAGAUUUUGGGUUGGCCAAGCUAAAUUCAGACAAUUUUACCCAUGUCUCAACUCGUGUCAUGGGAACUUUUGGGUACUUGGCUCCUGAGUAUGCAUCUAGUGGCAAGCUUACUGAGAAAUCUGACGUUUUCUCCUUUGGUGUAAUGUUAUUGGAACUCAUAUCUGGACGCCGUCCUGUGGAUAUAAAUUCAGAGAUGGAUGAGAGUCUUGUUGACUGGGCGAGACCAUUAUGUGCCAGUACAGUGGAAAGUGGAAAUUUUCAAGCAAUGGCAGAUCCUCGUCUGGAUGGCAACUAUGAUUCAGCUGAAAUGGCACGCAUGGUUGCUUGUGCUGGUGCGGCCAUUAGACAUUCAGCCAGAAGACGACCAAAAAUGAGCCAGAUUGUUCGAGCUCUAGAAGGCGAUGUCUCGCUAGAUCACUUGAAUGAAGGGGUCAAAACUGAUCAACGAGGGCUCGAUUCUACUAGUUAUAGUUCAGAGUAUGACAGUGCCUCAUAUAGUGCAGACAUUAAGAAGUUUAGGAAGAUGAUAUUAAUGGACAGUAGCCAAGAAUAUGCAAGCAGUGAUUAUGGUCACACAAGUGAGUAUGGACUCAACCCUUCCUCUUCAAGCAGCGAAGGUGAGACAGGUAGCGGAAAGAACAGUCCUCGAUGAAGGAAAAAUUAUCGGAUUCUCAAAUUUUAAGCAAAGAAAUUAUCGCCAUUGAUUGGUAUUUGGAUGAAUAGACUAAUUUUCAAGAACUGGGUUAUUACUAUUAAAAUGCGAGUUUAUUUCUUCUAGCAAAUGGGAAGAGUGAGAGUGAUAAUUUUAUCAUGAAACUGCAACUAUUUGUUUAGGUUUAGCCUUCAUCAAAUGGAUGAUGGUGAAGGCACAAUUACAUUGUCCUUGUCUUUGUAAUCUUGCAUUCGUCAUUAAUGGAGUUCUUGUAGAAUUUGUCGAUUUGAGUAAA